AUGAAAGAAAUCUGGCAAUGGUGCAUUGCGUUCAAUGCAAUUAUUCUGUUCGCGCCUUUUGUCAGAGUCAGACAGAAGAAGGGACUAGGGAGAGAAAACUGCGAAAUAUUUAGAAAAUUCUUUAGUGUGAUCGUUGUCGUUGAUGUUCGUCGUGUACGUGUCGUAGUUUUCACUGAACGUGUUCUCUUAACAAUUAUCUUCAACAAUCAACAUGCCUCAGCCGAAAUGGUACCACAAAUCUCUGGCAGAAUUGUGUAUGGACAGUAUCGUCGAUAACAUGGAGAAAUGGACGGCAUUGCGUAGUUCAGUGCACGUUUCCAGCCUCUUUUACCUUCUGCCUUCACAUUGUCUGGAGUACAUGACUCUUGAACGGGUCAAAAGAAACCCCUGGGAUAAUGAAUUGCAAAUGUUUGAAUUGCUACUGAACCCACACUUGGAAAUUCUGGAUUUAUCGAAAAGUUAUAUGCAUAUCACUGACAGUCUUCGAAUCGUGCGUUUAGCAUCGGUCAGAUGUUCGCAACUCACUACACUAAAGAUGAGUUUAUACAAUAGGCCUAAAUUGCCAUCGAAUCAAGUAGAAGAUACUUUUACUCCCAUGUUGCAGCUUUUCGAACACCUGCAGAUCCUUGAUUUAUCUGGCACAAUUUACGGUGCUAGUUGCAUGAUCAAUCUUGGAUUAACUGAUAAACCAAAACUAAGGGAAUUGCAAGUUAAUUCGUGCCCUGGCGUGACUGAUUCUGCAAUGCAAGUUUUCUGCAACGGUCAAAGUUCCCUUCACAAAUUAUCAGUUGAUGAAACGGCAGUGACUCAUAUCGGAAUUCGAUUUGCUAUCGAACAUUUACCAGAGCUGAAAGAAUUAGAUUGCGACAAUGAGUCUUACAUCCUCAAAGCUUUUCGUAGAAUUCGUAAUGACACAAGAGAAUCAAAAAAUUAUUCCUUGACCAAGUUGUCUCUGUCAAUGCCAUACCCGAACCCCUAUAAGAAAGGCACCGUUUCCUUGAUGGUUGACAUGUGCCCGACACUUGUCGAUCUUUUCAUAAAUGUAUACGAUGAAGAAUUUACUAAUGAGGAGUUCUUAGGUUUUCGAGAACUUAAACUUUUAAAAAGUCUCGAAAUUUCCUUCAUAACGUCAGUCUCUAUUCGUGGCGGAGUAAUUCCUCUUCUACAAGCUCGUGGCCAUACACUUGAAGAGUUAAAUAUAUCGAUGGAAGUAACGAGUGAAGAAGUCGAUCUGAUCAUCGAGAGCUGCCCGAACAUUCGCCAUUUGCGACUUGUUAUAAAAAGUACCGGUCAGGAUACUCCUGAACCUGUGGUAGAUGACCGCGUCCACUCUUCUCAUUGUUUUCCAAAGGAAGUAUUUCCGUUAAGGAUGCUGGAAGAAAUCUCUUUGUCUUCUCAUUUUUCACGAUUCGCUAUUUCACGCAAACUCUUACUUUUGCUUUUAUCUUCCCCUACUCUUACAAAGAUUUCCAUAUAUAAUAGUUUCAUGCUUGAUGACCAGAUCAUUGAGGAAGCUUGCGCUAGAAAUAGUUUCAAGUAUUUGACCAAGUUAUGGUUGUUCGGUUGUUCUAAUGUGAGCCAGAAAGGCAUCGAUUUCUUCCUGAACGAAGCGAAUCCUUUGGACGUAAUUUUUUGAGAAGACUGUGGAAAUGUGAACCUUCAGCAUAUGAAAACCAUGGCUCAAGAGAAGCAUUGGAAUUCGGUAAAAAUAACUGAUGAAGAUUAGAGGUGAUCGCAGUGAGAUGGGCGGAAAGAAAUGCGAUCCAAUAUUUCUUUUAAAAGUUUCGUUUCUUGCGUUCGAACACUUUUUCUUUAUAUGUUUAUAUGCUUUAAAAAGAAAAAAGAAUAUUGUUUUUGUCAAAAUUCUUUUUAUCUGUGGUAAUCAAGAAAUAUUAAAGAAAUUCAAUAACA